UGCGAUCAAAUGUUGAAUUCAUAGCGCACUUGCCUUGACAAGGACACCCACAACAAUAUAAUAGAUCAAGUUGUCGGGUAUUAAUGAUUCGUGAAAAAUAUAUCAACUACCUUAUUAAUCACCGUAUAAAUAGCUCAAGAUGAAGUGUUGAUGAGCAUAUAAAUCCAUAAUUAAGGUUAUUAACGAUGCUAACUCAUACAAAAGUCUUCAAUUUCACACAAGUCUAGAUAAAAUCCCUCCCCACAUUCAAAUAAUCACAAAAAGAAAAAAAUAUAAUUUAAGAUGGUUGUUCCAUCCAAUGAAUAUUCCUUAGACAUUGAAUUUGGAUUCAAAUCUCGAAUGCUAAUCUAAUCUGUUUGUCACAUCAAUUCCGAGACGUACCAACAAUUUCUAUUUCAUAAAAUAAGUGAUGAGAGAGAGCUAGCAAGGAAAACCACCUUCCAAUUCAAAUCUUUAUUUCAUGGCCCAAAAUGCACGUUCGAUAGUAGCCAUUAAACAUGGAAAGGAGUCAAUUCAGGUUGAAUCGGUCUGCCGACACGAUGAGGAAAAUUUCCUCUAAGUUUGACACCAUCAAACGAAUUAGUGACACCAACCCAAGAUGCUCCAUCGCUUCUGGUGUUCAACAUUAUGCCUGAAUAAUAAGCUGAAAAAUGUCCCCGGUUGACAUCUCGAAUCCAUUUUCUCUUGUUCUAUAAAAUCUUAUAGAUAAAAGUUAGGGAUAACCCUCCGAACUUUUGGGGUAGUACAUCUUUGUCUCGAGAACUAAGUGCUAGGCAAUAUCCUCUAAAAUUGCAUUUUGUAAGCACCGUUAACCUAAAUGUUAUAUUUCUUGUUGGCAUGUACAAUGCACAUGAAUUUUUAAGGGACAGAAGUAUAAUUUGAUCUCAUUUUUUUUAAGGAAAUCGCUUUUUUACCCUUAAUUGCUGUAAGAGAAAUGAAAAUGUAGAAAAUAGGAGCAAAACUAAAUUGACUUAACUACUAAUAAUAGAAAAAAGAUUGUCGAUAGUAAUAUUGGACAAUUAGAGUUUGAUUAAUAUAGCCGCUUUAAUAGAGCUAAAUAAGAUAUUUUAAGAAGAAGAAUAAACACAGGUUGAACACAAAGGUAAAAUGCCUCAACAACAAAAAAGGUCAGAUGACAAAAAAUGUUUACCAUUAUAUAUACUUAAAGGGUUAAUUAACAUUAAAAAUGAUUGAUUAAAAAUAUUUUAAAUUAUAGAAGAAAAUGAUGCUCUGAACUCAUGAAAGGAAAUGAUUAAUCGAAAUAGGCGAUGUUUUAUAAAUCUUUUAUUGAUGAUCUUUUCUUGCGUCAAUUAACCAUUUGAAAUUACAUGUCGAGCAUUCAAUUUUUGUUAUUUUACCUUUUGGAUAUUGAUGUCUUUUUGAUUCAAUUGUGUUUCUUUUUCUUAAAAUAUCUUACUAGUUCUAUUAAUAAUUCAUCAACUCUGACAUUCUUACUAUUUAAUAAUACUGCCGUUAUCUAUGUUUUUUUUUUCUUAACAUUCAUAGUUUUCGUUAAUUUGUUUUUCUCCAUUUUCCUUUGUCUGUUCAUUUCUUUACCGAGACGAAGAGUAAAAGAGAAAUUUCUACGAAAAAAAAUGAGAUGAAAAUACAAAUUUACCACUUAAAAUUCGUGCGUUGCACAUGCGGACGGAGAAUAUAAUAGAGGGUUAACAUUUUAAAGUUUGAUACAAACGAAAAGUGUAUAAAUUCAAUGCAGGAUAUUCUUGGUAGGGUUGUAACUUAGAAAUGUCGUCGUGAGAUUUUCAACUACACAUUGUGCAAGUGACAAUGAAAGAAAAAUUUAUUAUUGGCGAGACUUUCGUCUUCAUAAUAAUCUCUUCUUUCAAUUUAGGCGACUGUCUAAGAGAUGGACACACGUGGAGAUUAUGCUAUUAGGAAAGAUUUAUCUUCCACUGACAAUUAAUGUAUUGGAAUAUAAUCUUUUUACACUAUAGUUUACAAAAAAUUGAAAAUGAAGUCUAUUCAUAACUUAGGGGAGAGCCCACUUGUGUAGAGGCACAUGAACAUGUAUGACCCAUAUAAUUUAUGAGAAAAUUGAUGAGACCAAAUUGCACUAACUACCCCCAAUUAAUGCACACACAUCCAUGUAUGGGCACUCUCCUAAACAUAUGUAUCAUAUUUUUUCAUGUGUAACUCGUUUUUGGGUUUCGUAUCUAGAUGAAAGGAUGGAACCCCACAAUUCGAUCUUGAUUAAUUUCGCGAGAUAUGGAGAUUGGUUUAUAAAAUUGGGUCACAAUGAAAUGUGAUAAACCUUUAUCGAUGCUUGAUCAUUACUUCAUUUUAAAUCUAUUUAUGUAUAUACACACUCAAUUUAAGCCAUGUUUCACAUAUAAAACACAACAUGAAGAAAAAUCAAGAUAAGCAGCUAAUGGUAAAAUUACCAAAAAAGUCCUAAACCUUUUGAUAAAUUAUCAAUCGAGGCUUGAGCUUGCAAAUCCCGGCGAGGCUCACCCUCACCGCGUCUAUGUCAGUAAUUUCCUACCAAAAUUAACCAGUAUGACUAAAUUGACAAAUUGUCAAAAGGUUCAUGACUCAAUUGGCAUAAUUUCCGACCAAAAAAAAAUUAACACAAUUGAAAGGUCCAGGACUAAAUGGCACAAGUGCAACAGAUUUGCAAUUUGUUUUUGGUAAUUUCCCCAACAGACAAUUGCGUAUAAGAGAACAUGCAGAAGAAAAACAAAUUCUCAAGCAUUCUCAGUUCAUUGGGUCUCCAUUUGCAUAUUGCAAGACAGCUCAUACAGAUGAUUGAAAAGCUUUGCAAAAAAAUGGAGGACAAGUGAAAUCACCCUCAACUCGCCCGAUCAUCACCGAUCCUUCUUCACCGGCUUUAAUUUAUAUUUUCAGUCAGUUUCUUUCCCAAAACUAGUCAUGACUUCUUUGGCUUCCAUGCCUUGGCAUCUCCUGAACACCCUCUGUCCAAUCUCUUCAUGCCAAAUCUCACCUGGCUUGAUGCUUGUGAAGAUUCUUUGGUUUCUGCACGUUUUGGUGAAAGAGACUUGUUCUGCAGUUCGAAGAUCGUGUUGGAAUGGAAAGAGACACUUGACCAAAUUUUACCAUUCUUGCCUGGUAGACGAGAAAGGAGAAAACCCGUUAUGGAAAGCCAUUGGGUAUCAAGUAGACGAGGAGGAGGAAUUGUCGAAACCUGAAAUGGGAAGGCCACUUGAGAAGGGAAUCAUAGAAACCGUUUACUCUACAGAUCCAGACCUCCUCCAAUCUUUCAAGCAAAAAGGCCUGGAAGUCGCACAGGAUUCCAAAAACAGGAUUUACAGAAUCAAGUGCGAUGCUGUCAUCUUGGGCUCCGGCUGUGGCGGCGGGGUUGCAGCAGCUGUCCUGGCGGGUUCCGGUUACAAGGUGGUGGUUCUAGAGAAAGGGAACUACUACACCCACAAGGACUACUCUUCCCUGGAAGGCCCCUCCAUGGACCAACUCUAUGAAUCAGGAGGCAUACUAACAACUUCCGCUGGGAACAUGUUGAUACUAGCAGGGUCCACGGUUGGAGGCGGAUCCGCUGUCAAUUGGUCUGCGUCCAUCAGGACGCCCGACACUGUCCUCCAAGAAUGGGCUGAGAAGCACGGGAUCGAGCUCUUUGGCAGCAAAGAGUAUGCCUCUGCCAUGGACAUUGUGUGCGAGAGGAUUGGAGUGACAGAUCAGUGUGUGGAACAGGGCUUUCAGAAUAAGGUCCUUCGAGCGGGAUGUGAGAAGCUUGGCCUUGAGAUCAACGCGGUGCCACGGAAUUCCUCGGAGGGCCACUUUUGUGGCUCUUGUGGCUAUGGCUGCAGGAGGGGAGACAAGCAAGGCACCGACAGCACCUGGCUGGUGGAUGCAGUGAAUCGCGGCGCGGUGAUCCUAUCAGGAUGCAAAGCUGAGCGGCUCGUCUUUGAGAGGAACAUUCCUGGUAGAGCACGAAGAAAGAAAUGCAUUGGAGUGAUUGCGAAAUCAAUGAAUGGCGAUAUUGAAAACGUCCUGCAGUUUGAGGCCAAGGUAACCGUUUCGGCGUGCGGGGCCCUCCUGACACCGCCUCUCCUGAUCUCAAGUGGACUGAAGAACAAGCAUAUUGGCCGGAACCUCCGUCUCCACCCAGUGGCAAUGGCCUGGGGGCAUUUCCCUCUGGACUCGAGCUCGCAGCUCAGUGGCACAUCCUACCAGGGUGGGAUAAUCACGUCGAUCCACAAGGUCGUUGAGGGAAAUCCAUAUCCAAAAGUGCGGGCCAUCAUCGAGACCCCCUCACUCGGACCCGCAUCAUUUGCGGCGAUGUGCCCUUGGGAGUCAGGCCUUGACAUAAAGGACCGGAUGACCAAGUACGCGAGGACCGCUAACUUCAUCACGAUAGUCCGGGACCAGGGGCGUGGGGAAGUGACAAGGAAGGGAAAUAUAAGCUAUAAGCUGGACUCGGAGGACAAGGAGAAUCUCAAGGCAGGCCUGCGGCAAUCACUCAGGAUCUUGAUUGCCGCGGGGGCAGAUGAGGUGGGGACCCACCGGAGUGACGGCCUCAGGAUGAAGUGCAGGGGAGGGACUGCCAGUGAGGACCAAGUGGAGGAGUUUUUGGGCAGAGUCAGUGUAGAGGAUGGCCCAUUGGCCAUAGGUGAGAAGUGGGGAACUCACAGUUCUGCCCAUCAGAUGGGGAGUUGCAGGAUGGGAAUCAAUGAGAAGGAAGGUGCAGUGGAUGAGAAAGGGGAGAGUUGGGAAGCUGAGGGUCUGUUUGUGUGUGAUGCUAGUGUUUUGCCCACCGCCGUCGGUGUCAACCCGAUGAUCACCAUCGAGUCCACAGCUUAUUGUAUCGCCAAGAGAAUAGCUGAGUAUUUGUCGGCGCGGGGACUGCUGAAAUCGCCCAAAUCGAGGAGUGACAUUUUGAUGAAUGAUAAGUGAGUUUUGGGCAGCCCCAGAUGUACAAACCAUUCUUUUGUUGUAUAAUUUGUUAAGCUUACGUAUAAAAAGUCCAGGUGUUGCAGACAACUUGAGGUGUCAUAGGAGUAGAAUUAAGAAGACGAGUAUAGAACCCGAAUUACGGAUCGACUUUAUGAGAUUCUAUGUGAAUUUGUUAGGUA